AUGGUACCCCGUCUUCAGAUCGAAGAGUGUCAGUCCUACAUCGAGAAGCUCGACAACCGGAAAGGGGAUCCUCUGGAACCCGAAGCACGACUAUAUCUCCUGACGCUACUUAUUGUCCAAUACCAAGGCUCACGCGAGACUGAAGAGCGUGUGACAUUGGCAACAGAGACCUGGAACCACGCUCGAAUUUUCUCAGAGAAAGUCGUCCGAAUGACUCUACAAUGCUACCAGGAGUUUCAAAGUCUGUGCAAUAAAGUGCAAGUACUGGACGUUCCACACCCUUCGCCUACACUCUCUUAA